AUGCUAGAUGUCCAUCGCCACUUCUUAAAGGUAACCAUUGUUUUACCCGACAUUGCCACAGACAGCUCAACACGAACUAUUGUAUUGGAAGUCAAGACAUGCCAGAUUCACUUGAUUUUGAAGAAUGCAUCCGGUUUCUUCGAUAAGAAAAUCCUCUUUCUAACUCCUCAACCUGCUACAUUUCCUUCGUGUCUGGUCGUCUCUCCGUGCGGGUCGUUUCUUGCAAUUCUAACAGAAACAUCUGUUCACAUUUUGGAUCUGGCUAAACUAGAACCAUUUGUGCAGUCGCAGCAGGUUUGUCACCUUUUUUUCAAAAAAUACUUUCAGAAUAAAAUUGUAGCCAAACUUGUCACAGCUUAUGACUCGUUAGCCGACUCACCGGAUGCACUCCGUCGUCUGGUUCGUGCCAAAUGGCAUCCCACUGUCAAGGGCGUUCUUCUUCUGUUGACCAGAGAUGGCUUCCUACACCUUCUCCGUUGUAAUGGGAGUGCCGGCGGUAGUCUCUCCGUGAAAACGGAAAUCAAACUAUCAGUUUUGCGGACAUUGGAAGCUGGACCUAAACUAUCCUCUGAAAAAGAGAACAUCCGGGAUAAUCAAAAGAAGGGUCGAACAAAGUUAAACCUCAAUUUUGCUCUUGGUGCUGUCUGUACGGAUUUUGAUAUCGGUUCCCCACUGUUCACCACCGAUGCCAAAUCCUACAGUUGUCUGUUCAGUUCACCAGUAUACGUUCUCUGCGAAAAUGGCAAGUUUUUAAUUAUUAGCCAUUUACCAUUUUUAAGGGAUAUUCUGAUGGUCAGCCCUUCGCCAAAUUCAUACUCUGACGCCCUCGUUCGUGUCGUUCGAAUUCUCCCAUCUGUCGAAGAUUGUUACACGUUCGAUUUUGACUCGGUACUGUGCAUGCGUUCUACGGACACCGAAAAGUCUGCGGAUGUUUUAUGCAUAGCCAGUCGGUCUGGCCGUCGAAGUGUUCCUGUUCUCUAUCUGGUCGAAGGGGUCGAUUUGCAGCUGACUAAGCCCUUGUCAAAUCCGAAAUCCCGAAAAGACGCCUCGGUCACCCCUCCUUCGGAGUCACUUUCAUCAGACGGCCCUCCUCAACUUUCCAAAAUCUAUCUCCUUCCGGCAGCAUCGAAUGCACGGGAUGCGCACAUGGCUCACUAUCUAUGCGUUCACCAGUUUGGAAUUCAUUGCAUUCUUCUACCCUGGAUUGGGCGUCUAAACCAGUUGUGCGCUCAGGCCUCCGAUGACACAAAUUCAGUUGAUCUGGCUUCGUUUCCUGGCGACCAGGGCUGCACUGCCGAACACCUCCUUUUGACACAUUUGGACCCCAAAAACGAAGAGGAAUCCCCACUUCCGGGUCCAUUGCGGUCUGUCAUUGGUGUAAUUCCUCCCCAAACUGUCGUAUCGGACACCUCCACAAGCCGGGGAGGCGCCGUCAGGGGAUGUCCGAAAGUUGAAGGAACUGAGGUCAAUUCUCUUCUCGUAUUGUUUUCAUCAAGACCUCACGUUGUCAGAAUUGUCCUGCCACAGUCCCUGUCGCUGAGCCCUCAGCCUCACUUCCUGCCGCAAUUAGGACUCCCUAGUGGAGAUUCGCCUGAUGUCUCGACCAUAAGCAGCCUGCGCUCUUCUCGCUUGGGUCGGCUUUCUACUCUGUGCGGCUCCGUAUACCAGUUUGCCGAACACGCAGAGGGCCAAUUAGCUGCGCAGUAUGAGGCCAUCAGUUACCUUGCACAGGAACGUGACCAACUGCAGAAGAAGGCCGUUUCCCUGACUGAGCGUCAUUCCCGAAUCCUUGAACGUCAGGAGGCCCUGAAUCAUCGCCUUUCCGAACUGGCUCGACGAAUCUUCAGUCAGUAUACACUUUUCCGUGUGCAGACCUGUUCCAUUCGAUAUACUGCAAGUCAGAUUACUUCCUGCUUUUUUCUCUGUCAAGUGUAUUUCCACACCGUGUGCAUUUCCCUCAGCGCAGUUUGA